UCAAUAAUAUUAUUGAUUUCUUUUCAUAUCUAACAAGUUUCAUGAGGUAAUUCAAUGUGUAAAUCAGAAAUAUUUAUACUUAAAGCGGGGAAUGUUCCAAUGGAAAUCUUGGCGCGUGGGCACGAAGCAAUGGAAGCUUUUAAUGAUGCUCUAGCUGAGGGAGAAGCAGAGGUUAAUCAAGGAAGGACAGUUUUUAUGGGCCUCGAGAGAGUCGGCAAGACUUCUACUAUCAAGUCAUUUUUAAGGAAUACUUUUGAUCCAAAUGAGGGUAUUACGGAUGCAAUUGCCAACACAACGGUUUGCACCCAUGAAUUACACGAUGAAUUAAAUUGGAAGGAAACAUCACCUGAUCAUUCUGGAACCAAUAGCAUGUAUGAAGAGAAAAUGGUGGAUUCAAUAGCGAAAAAAUUAUUCGAAAAGUCAAAUAAGGAGAACGUAGAAGUAACAGAACAAGGCCUGUUAUCACCAGCUAAUGCAGAGACGAAAUACAAUAGGGGGCAAUCAUCAUUAAAUACAGACGCCAGAACCCCGAAAAUAGAACCAAAUAUUAAAGAAAGGACAGAGACAAAAUCGAUGGAAGAGGUCCCAGAAAACAUCGCAAGUAAAGUUCAGAAUGUACUCAAGUUCACAAGAGAUGCGGCAAGUGACUGGAAAAAAUCUGGCAACGAUUUUAUAAUGAACAUCUGGGAUUUCGGAGGACAAUCGAUAUAUCACGUGAUACAACGAAUUUUCAUGGUAUCUUUUGCCGUUGUUUGUGUGGUAUUUAACCUAGAAGAUGAUCUUGACGCCCCCGCUAAAGUCAGGGAUCCGACUACCGGUGAAAUGUAUCAACAUCGAAUGACAUAUCUUCAGUUUAUUCUGUACUGGAUUCGUUCAGUUUACACCAACAGUAGAGAUUCAAAAUUGGAUGAUGGGCAACUUUCACCAUGUGGUGGUGAACGUAUUUUCUACGUUCUUUCGCGCUUGAAGCCUAAACGAAUACAUGCCACACAAACUAAGGAUUACGGGAUUUGUGCAGUUUCCAUCUUUCAUGACUUUGGCAACUAUCUACCUGACGAUGUUUUCCAGCGUGGAGUAACUAAGUUCAUUGAGAGAUUCCAAGUAAAAGACGUUGAGCCUACAUUAUCUAAUGAGCAUGUGGAGGUGGAUAUCGAUGAAUUUCACCUCGUGGUUUUGAGUGUAGCCUCAAUCAAGCAUCGUCGUAUGUUUAAGACAACAAUCAUCAGACGAAAUAUUUUCAAUGCCGCUCAGCUUACCCAGGAAGAUGAACCAUCGCCGAUAGUGUGUAAGAAGGUGUUGACAUUCCUCGAAAGAGGACUAAAGAUUUGUCAGAGCGGUGCAAGGGGCGUGGAAUUAACAAGGUACAUUGCUUGCGAUUGUAGGGACGCUCACAUGCAUAUUGUGCGCCAAUUUGACAUGGAUGUGUUGCCAUGUGGAAGCAAUGGAAUGGAAGUGACACGCUACCGCAGACUAUUUGAAGAUGACGUGCAACAACAAGAACUGACAGGGAUGGGGAGACGGGCCCCGUGGCUCCCCCGCUGGAUCCGUCCCUGUGCGAAAGGAGUCCAGCCAAGUCGGAGAGUCACAAGGGCUCGCAAAGGACAGCGCACAGACAAAGAUAACAUGCUAAAACAAGAUUUUGUAGAUGACGCCGUAAUUGCGACUGUGUCUGAGGAAAUGAACUACAGCUGGAAAGGUUUUGGUGUCCGUUUAGGUGUUUCAUGGGCUAGAGUUAACCGGUUUUGUGCUGAGGAACGGCGGGACUCACAAAAAGCUAUCGCUAAUAUGAUGAAGUAUUGGAGAAACAAUGUCAAAAAUGAAACGCAUCAACUGAAAGUGUUGUGCAUUGCUUUGAGGCAACACAAAUACAAGAGACUAGCUGGGGAAUUAUUCAGUGGUGAUCUCGGCGACGAAAUUCUGACCUUAGCCAAACAUGAAGGAUACUUGGCUGAUGUUGACUUGUUAUUCGUCGCCGAGAGACUUGGCGUGGACUGGAGAGCGUUUGGUAUCGACAUCGGUCUGAAGGAUCAUGAAAUGCAACAAAUUGAGAUGAGUUUUCCACCACCACCUAUUGUAGACGCCAUUUUAGAAAUGUUGGUCGAGUGGCGUGAAAAGCAGGAACCUCAAGAAAACUACCUCGCAAAGAUGAGUAAUGAGUUGGAAGCUUUCGGAAAACGAGACAUAAGUGAAGAACUCAACAAUUAUUACCAGGAAAAAUAUCAGUAAAAAUGAAUGGAAGUAAAAUAAUUAGAAGGGUAUGUGUAGAAUGUUGAUAUGGGUACACGUUUAAAAGAAUGAACAUGAAACUCAAUUGUGUUCAAUAAAAUAUACCGUGACAUACAGUAAACCCCAAAUAAAAGCCCUGAGGUUCUACUGUUUUGUUUGUUUUAUUUUUUUGCUAACUUUAGGUGGAUUCUUUUCUUUGCAAAGUAAAGAGGGCGGGGUGCUUCUUUAAAUGCUGUAAAUUUUAGGAACUACUAUUAUACAACAGUAAAGGGCCACUGUAACAUCACUCUGUAUCAUGGAGUGUACAAACCGGAAUUAAAUCACCUAAACUACUGUAUAAAACAAGCGUGUUUUAAAUUUAUGUUGUUUUUCUGAAAUUCCGUUAUGUAACGUCGGCUUAAAAUCUCGAAAAGAAGCCCAUGCUAUCUUGAAAGCGCUUCUUUUCAAGGGGGAAUGGGGGUGGGGUGGCCUCAAUUCGAGAUGGUAUUUAUCUCAAGAUUAAGUCCAUUUGGCUUCUAGUCGAGGUUUUACGGUAAAUUAAUAAUUAAACCGAAAAAAGAGUAUUAUACACGGAAAAUAAUCUAUAACAAUACCUGUUAAACUGUUUAAAAUGUUGAACAAAAUAUGUAAAUAUAUAUUUUAUACAUAUAUAGUUUUUGCAUACAUGCAAUAACACACACACAUGUGUAUUAUGUAUAUAUUAAUACUAUAAUAUAAUGUAAUACAUAAUAUUAUGUGUUAUGUGUAUUAUGUAUAUAUUAAUAUUAUUGGUUGAACUAAUUCUAUGGCAGUCACUUUUCUAAUAAUGAUGCUUAUAAUACUACAGUAUGUGUAUUUUUUUAAAUUAUCUUUGAAUGAUUAUACUGCAUUAUACAUUUAUUAGUAUAAAUUUAAAAGUGUAUAUUAUGUCUUUAUGUAUAACCUAAUAUUUAAAAAAUUGUUGACGUAAAAGGGGGUUCGAGAAAAUCAUAUUUAAAACGUAAACGAUAAUCUUAAUAAAAAUAGUCAUUAUUCUUUAUAUGAAUGAUGAAUUGAUUUUAAAAAAUGAUUGAUAAAUUAUAAAAGUACUUUAAGAAAAUUUACUAUAACAACAGUUAAACAUUUCGAUCACAUGUUUAAGAGCGCUGUUUAGUUUAUGGCCAAACAAAUUACUUAUAGUAUGGUUUAAUGAUAAUAAUAAUAAUAAUAAUAAUUUAAACAGUUCGUAAAUGAAAUCUGAAAAAACCCCUUAACGUCGCUCAUGUUUUUUCAUAACUGCUUACGUAUCAACCUACUGUGAUAGAAGCUCUUGUACAUUGAACGCUUAAUGCAUACAGCAUCCGGAGUAACUUUUGUGUUUCGCAAUAUCUUUACGAAUGACGUCGGCGACGUCUAUGGUGAUAGUCAUGAUGUUAUAGCAUAAAAUUGCCAAAAUAUAUAAUAAAAGUACAUAAUUUUUAUUGAAGAACUUUCAA